GCUCGCCUCCGGUUUCCCAUCGACUACCCCUAUUCCCCUCCUGCCUUUAGGUUCUUAACCAAAAUGUGGCACCCCAAUAUCUAUGAGGUAGGUCCCCGGGACAGCCCGCAGAGCGGGGAGCUGCCGUCGGAGCGGUGGAACCCCACACAGAACGUGCGGACCAUUCUGCUGAGCGUCAUCUCGCUGCUGAAUGAACCCAACACGUUUUCUCCAGCCAAUGUGGACGCCUCCGUGAUGUACCGCAAGUGGAAGGAGAGCAAAGGGAAGGACCGGGAGUACACGGACAUCAUCAGGAAGCAAGUCUUGGGCACAAAGGUGGAUGCUGAGCGGGACGGUGUGAAGGUCCCCACCACACUGGCAGAGUACUGCGUGAAGACCAAGACUCCAGCCCCUGAUGAGGGCUCCGACCUCUUCUAUGACGACUAUUACGAGGAUGAUGAGAUGGAGGAAGAGGCCGAGAGCUGUUAUGGUGAUGAGGAUGACUCUGGCAACGAGGAAUCUUGA